GCACGACAACUUCAACAUGACACUCCUAUCUCCGUGGAUUUGCGAUGGAGCAGACGCAGAAACGGCAUGUGAACAACCUGAACACGGAGCAGCUUUAUCGUAAGCGGGCUCUGGAUAGGGAGAAUCAAAGAGCACUGCGCAUGAAGAAGAAGACGCAGUUGGAAGACCUUGAAAAGACCGUGCGAGAUCUGGAAGAGAAGUUGAAGAGGGCCGAGGCCGACAGGGCUGCGCUGCAGGAACGCGAGGCCCGUGUUCGGGAUACGCUAAACACAAUUCUUCCCAGUCUUCAGCAACUUCAGCUUGGGGCCGUUCCAUGCGCAAAUCCCGCACCAUCAGAUACCACCUUGACUGAUAUCCAUCCUGUACGAUCGCCGCUCAAUCCAAUUCAACCUCACAAUGCUAUCUCUCAAGCCCAACCAACAGAAUGGUGGAACACUCCUGUUCCGGGUCUAGGCUUUGCAGGCCACCCAACCACUAGUAUUGUGGACUGGAGCCCUUCCGGCUUGGAUGACCCCUUGUUGAUGGCCAGUACGAUCCGCAUGUCCGAUCUAGACGACUUCUCCUUCACGCUCUCCAACAUAACUGCUCUUCCUUCGCCACCUCCUCGGCCCGAAGAGCAAAAUGGGAGUACCCCAACAUCUGCGCUCUCACCAGACACCCUACGCCUAAAUCGGCUGCAAGCGAACAGCAUCCGAUCCUCCAGGCCUAUUUGGGCGAUAACGCCCGCCUUCACACAACCAACCAGCAACGUCGACAACCUCAUCUUCUCCCUCAUCAACAAGGCUACCCCGGUAUCCAGCUCGGGUAAUCACCCCCAGGAAUUCACCGCGACCACCUUCCCAAGCAUCAUGUCUCUCCUGAACCCUUCCGACCCAACCACUUCCGACUCCCAUCCCGUCUCUUCGACCAUCGCGAAACACGUUGCCCGCGUCGUAACCGUGAGCACACUGCCCGAGAAGAUCGCGCUACUCUACGUCCUCUGCCUGCUCGUACGCUGGCAGAUCUGCCCAACUCAGAGCCACUACGAAGCCCUGCCCUCGCAUUUCCGGCCGACGAGUUUGCAGCUGCUGCGCGAGUAUCCCUUUUGGGUGAGCACUAUCGCGUGGCCUGAUGCGCGGGAUCGGAUUAUCGAGCAUAUGGACUUCACAGAGUAUGAUGUGUUCGCGCGAACUAUCAAUAAGACUUUCACGGUGAAUUGGAGCUACGGGCUGGCGGCCAUCCUGCAGAGCGAUGACGAGGGCGGCUUCGUGCUGAGUAAGAGGUUCUUGGAGCAUGUCAGGGAGCUGCGGAAUUGGACUGUGGAGAGAGAACUCGUUGAUGCUUUUGGGUUCCUGGACGGCGUCGUGAACCUUAGGUAA